AUGGCAUCCUCUCUAAAGGUCCUAGGCCCUCUCUUGGCCCUGCUAGUUCCCCUAGGCGGGCUGCUCGUCCGCAGUCAGAACCCUUCCUGGAGGGAAUUCAUGAAACAGCACUACCUGAGCACAAGCUGGAAAUUUAGCAACUGCAAAUGCCAUGAUCUCGUGCGGGAAAGAGAAGCUCCCCAAGACAGGAACUAUCACAUCUUCAUCUAUACCUUUUGGCACAAAAUCGAGCAUAUUUGCCUCAGGAAGUGGAGAUGCCAUUCCAGAAAUGUAUACAUAUGGGCCCAGCAACCCUUCAAAAUACUCCAGUGCCACCAGGAGGGUAACGGGAAGAGCUACCGAGAGCACAGCAGCUACAGCUACACUGAAUUCCACUGCAGCGUGGACGGGCACGUCGGCGGCACAGAGGACAUCCAGUUGUUAGACAUCAAAAAAUAG